AUCCUCAAGCUCUUCCUCUCAAGAAAACUUCUCUCACACAAGCACAAGAUGAAGUUAUUAGGAUGGAUGCACCGCAAGUUCAAGCAAAACAGUGGCCAACCACUCAAAGAUUUUGUCGUUGGCCAACAAGCAAGUGAUCAUGACCAACAAUAUUUCCCAAGAACAAGCAUCAAUAACCCUUUGAAACAAGCCCAAAGAGACCUAGAUGCUGCAAGAUCAGAUGAAGACUAUGAAGAAGAAUCCCUAAUCUCCAUAUCUGAAAUCUUCCCAGGCUUUCUUGCCAUUGGAACCCUAGGCUCUUCUGAACCAGCAACCCCAAAAUUCUCCAUCUCCAUUGACCACAUUACUGAAAGAGAUCAAACUGAAGUCACAAAGAAUGAGCUGAAGCUGAUCAAUGAUGAGCUCGAGAAGGUGCUCGAGGCUGAUGCAAAACACGACGAUGGCGGGUCGAGGCGGGACAGCCACGUGAGCAAAGUGUUGGAAGGACAACCUGAGAGCAAUAAUGUCGAAAGUGGCGACACUAUGGUUUGCCCACUUCAAGGGUAUUUGUUCGGGUCGGCAGUCGAGCUGUCAACGACAAUGGCAAAGAAGGAGAACCGGACCUCGCUUGGGGAGCUGUUUCAGAGAAGCAAGGUAUUAGAGGAAGGUGGAGGAGGAAGAUGUGAGAAGGAUGACCAAAAGCAAGUAGAGAAGGAAGGGGAUAAGUGUGGGAUGCAAUUCAUAAAAAAGAAGCUAAAGAAAAAGAUGUUUAGUGCUGCUUCUAAAAGCUCUUUAAGUUCAACUGCUUCUGGUGGAGUAUUAGAUGUUUCUAAUGCAACUAAACUGCACAAGAUUCUUCAUUUGUUCAACAGGAAAGUUUAUCCAGCUGAAAGCAUCGCAAUGGCUAAAGGAAAAGGGGAUCAUAAGGCACAAAAGAAUGACAAAAAGAAAAAAACAACAACCACCGUUGAUGGAUUAUCAGUCCUUAAUAGGAACAAAGAAGAAAGAACCUCGACAGGUGAAGACAACAUGAUCUAUCCAAAAAAGCUCAUCUUAAAGCAAACCUUACAAAGCUACCAAACCCGAUCUGUUCCUCCACAGUUCUCCGACGACAUUUGUGAUGACGAUGUCGAUUCCAAUUGGAACAAGGAGCAAUGAAUCAAAUCAGACUCUGACUACCUGGUGCUGGAGCUCUGAAGCACAAGAAACAAGAAUGGCUACUUAGCCAUAUAAACCUAAUAUUACUAAAAUACAUAUGCAUGCAUAUAGUGUAGUGUGUGUCAAAUUCUACUGCUAAAAUGGUGUGCAAAGUCAAUGUCUCUUAUGAUUUUAUGAUCAUGAUUGUAGUAAAAUAAAUAAAGUGAGGGACCUCUUCCUCUCAAACUUUACUUGUGAUGUUUGUGAUUGUGAGAUGUGUAAAGGGUAUAUGCAUAUAUAUAGUUAUAUUGUCAAAGGAAAAACAUAGAAAUUAAAUUUUAUAUAUGUUUGUUUAAUUUUAAGAAAAUGGAAGGUAAGGUGAAGGAAUAUUGCCUUCUAAAUUCAGAAAUGAAGGCGUUUGAAAAAAUAGGGAAGAAAGCAUGCAUAAAGAGAAGCUACUAGGAGCAUAUAAAAAGAAGCUAUUAGGAGCAUGAUUAGUUGCAAACUAAUCCACGUAUCUCAUUUUUCUUAUAUAGUACAAAAUAAAAAUAAAAUAUUUAAUAGCAGAUUUUUAUUAGGGUGUUAUUUGUGCAGUUCAGCCUAUUACAUAACGUGGAGUUCAAUCUCAAAACCAAUUGAUUAUGAGAGGAGUGGCUCAUCUAUCUUAUAAAAAAUGUGAAGUCACUUGAUUUUUCUAAUGUUAAAUCCUCACCACAAACUACUCCCAAGUUGUUUUUUUUAGUUAAUAGUAAUUUAGUUAUUAAUUUAAAUUAAUUAGUUAAUUGUCUUAUUUUCUUAUAAAGUUAUAAAUAGAGAAUUUUAUUCUAAUUUUUAGAGUAUUCUCUCUCACCCUUUAAGGAUUCCUUGUUUGACCCUGGACUUGGCCUAAUACCUUCACCUGCUACAUCACAAAGUCUAAUGGUUGUGUUUUUAAGUUUAUUUGUCUUUACCCGUUGUGAGUUAUUUAUUAUUGGGGUUGCCUUUGUUCAUCAAGGUUUACCGUUUAAAGGGCGGUUUGUAUCCUUUUUUUAGAAUCAUAUUUGAAUAAGUGACAACAUUUUUUUAUUGUUGAAAUGUCUUAAAUCUGUUUGCUGGCGCUUCGAUCAACCUAGUACGGGGGUCUCUCUGACCAGUCAGCGAGCCGGGGUCCAGGGGCAGCGCGCCCUGGUGGGGGUUCGGGGGCAACGCCCCUAAAACCUGUUCAGAUUUUGUAUUCAGUAUAUUUAUUUAUUUGCAGUUAUUUACGAUUUUGACCCUAGGGUUUAGAACAGUGCGAUAUAUAAACUCUCUAACUUAGAUGUGCCGUUCUUGAUGAAAUUCUGAAAACAUUCUCUCAAAAUAAUAUAGUUCUCCCUCUGCCUGUGGACGUAGCUAACACACUGUUAGUGAACCACGUAUAUCUGUAUGUCGAUCUCCCCUACUUUACGUUAUUUUUUGUGUUCUUUAAUUGUCAAUUUCACAACACUUAUAUUAUGGAAAUAAGUCUUAUGAUAUAGCGUUAAUUGAUGGUUUGUAAAGCUUUAAUUUGCACAAAUCAUAUCACCUAUUGCAUUAACUCAAGCAUAAAUCAAUGUAACAAUAAGUAGCACCUGGGGUAUUCAAGAUUGAUUCCUCAUGGCCAAAGAAAUCAAGCUACUAAAAGCUUCUUUUAAUGCUAUAUAAAAGGUGAUUACAAAUAUCCUAGGAUGAUGAAAGGUUAAUGCUACCGCUUUAAGAAAGAUAAAAUUGAUCUAAUUGUAGAACUAAUAUUAUGCAGAUGAUUGUGAAUAAUGGCUGUAAAAAUAUAAAAUAAAAAAUGUGCAGAUUUAACUGUUUGACGUCCUAUACUUUCGCAACUAUAACAUUAAUCAGAAUGUUUCCAAAUCAUAAUGGUUCUUUUAAGUAAGAAAUCUACUGCACACACCUUUCAAUGUGACAUAGAACUUCAAGCUAGUUGGAGGUCGUUUGUACUAACUUGAUACAUAUAUACCUGUUUGUUCAAUAGCUUCUGAGUGUUUUCAUUAUCCCUAAUAAAACUUGAUGUAUUAUUUUUACACUCUCAGUUGUUUUAAAUAUUUCCACACUUACUUUUUCAAAGUUCAUGUGCUACUAUUUUAAUCUCGAUUAGCCAGAUUGAGAAAAAUACUUUUCAAAUUGAAGAGCUUUUAAAGGAAAAAUAUGCUCAUAGGAUUCUAAAGAAACUUUCAAUUGAUACAAAUAAACUGUUAUAAUAUAGGGAUUCUAGUCAAGCUUUACCCUACAAAUUAGCAACAAAUAGACAUGAUGUAAACUCUUUUCCCUUAAGUUAUGGAUUAAAAGUAAAUAAGUUAAUUAAGAAUAAAUUAGUCGUAAGUGGUAUAUUAUGCAAAGUAAUGUGAAUUUAGGGUUGAAAUUAAUUCUAGCUAUCCAUUUACCUAAACUUUGUUUAUUAAUUAGUUAAGGGAAGAUUAUUUGGAACAUUUAAGGUAGAAAAGUACAAAAGGUUGGAAUUAAUUGAGUUAAAUGGAAUUUAAGAGAAUAAGUAUGAUUAAAGGAGUAAAAUUUUGGUGGAGGGAAGGGGAAAUUGGCCUCCACGUUGACACCUUCUAAGUAAGAGGUGGAGUUAUAAUAUUUAAGGUGGAAGUUUGGAUUUAGAUGAAGACACUUCACAUAUAAAAAGUAAGAGGUAGAGAGAAUUUGACCGGCAUUUUAUUUUUCUUUAGGAAGGUGCUUGUUUAUCUCUGGCCUUUAGUAUGUUUUUAUUUUGUCAUGAAGUACUUAUUUAUCCCAAGUCUUUGACUCUUUUGUUGUGGUAGAGAUUGUUUAUCUCUAACCCUAACAUUUUAUUUUUUACUUUGAUGACAUUUAUUUAUCUAUGGCCUCCAACUCAUUUUUACUUUGUCGUGAGAUGUUUGUUUUAUCUCUAGCCCUUGACGUUUUUUUGUUGUGGAAGUACUUUUUUAUUCUAAGCCCCUAAUGUUUUAUUUUUGUUGCGAUGGCACUUAUUUGUUUUCGACCUAUCCAGCUCCUUUUUACUUUGUCAUGAGACACUUGUUUAUCCCUGACCCUUGACACUUUUGCUAGCUAUGGUACUUGCUAGCCUCCAACUCUCGUUUUAUUCUGUUAUGAGGAGCUUGUUUUAUCCCUCGCUCUUGACACCGUUAAUAUGUUUGAAAUAUUUUAUCUCCACAAAAUAAUGGCUACACCUUGAUCUACCUUCUAUUUCUACACAGAUGUAUAAAGGGGGCAUGUUCUAGCCACCAACUUUUGGCCAUCCUUUCUAAAUUUAAUUAUUAGAUUAAUUUUGUCUUAAUUUUACUAAUUUUAAAUUUUAUGAUUAUCCAUUUUUAUUUAACUUGUUUUACUACUUCUUAACUUUUGUAUGGAUUAGUUAAGAUAACUAAGUUGGUUAGUUAGAGUAACUAAAUUAGUUAAGAAAAUUGCAAGAAAGGUAAGUUUCAAAUUUGUGUUUAUUUUUCAAAAUUUGUAUUCGUUUUUGGGUUGAGACACGUUUGGCAUAAUUUCAGAUUUUUUUUAAAAAAAAAUAGGCAAUAAAUGUUUGUGGUAAAUGGGGAAAAGUUUUUUGGCUAUAAAGCCUCAUUGUUUCUUCUGCAAAUAAGAGGUUUUUUACACGGAAAAAAAAAACAGAGUGGAGGGAGCCACACAUAAAAAUCCUAGAACACACAGCCAUAGAAAGAAAUAUAUAUACGGAGAGAACCUCAAGAGAACUAAAAAAAAAAACAAAAACAAAAACAAAACAAAACAAAACAAAAAAACUAAAGAGGUAGAGAGAGAAGAUCAGUGAGUUUUACAAACAAAAUGUAGCCAAAAUCCCCUCAAAAUUCGAAAAUCAAAGAACACAAGAAGUCUAGCUCGUUGAAGGUUGCACUUGGUAGGGUAUUUGUACCAAGAAUCCGCACCUCAAACAAUGAGCGGCUUAUUUGUUACUAUUUGUAAAAAAAAAAAAAAAUUGAGCUAAA